AUGUCCCCGUCUUCGACGGGCGACUCUCCCCACUCGGCCAACGGCACUGCGGGGAGGCCCUUUCCCGUCCCGUCGCGUGAGAACUUCACCAUCGAGGUGCCCUCGCCUUCAAUGGCUUCCCUUACAAACGGCAUCCAUCCUCUCAAGUCGCCCGCGUCGCUCAAAGCGCAACGGACGCCUAGUUUCAGCAGAGAUGGAAUUCUCGGUUCCGCGCAGAAGGCCCGCAACAUGUCUCAGUCUUCGGACAACCGCCCCGAUCCUCUCAUCAACGGCAUUCACAAGCCACCGAGUGACGAGGACUCAAACCCCCUCAAGAGGAGGAACACAGACGCCGGCGUUGACUACCCACGGAGAAGGGCCACAAUCGCGUGCGAAGUCUGCCGGUCUCGCAAGUCCCGUUGCGAUGGAACCAAACCCAAGUGCAAGCUCUGCACCGAACUGGGUGCGGAAUGCGUCUACCGAGAACCAGGAAUCAAGCUGGACGCCGGAGACAAGCUCAUCUUGGAGCGCCUGAACCGCAUCGAGAGCUUGCUGCAGAUGAACAUGGUCGCAGGACAAGCGAACGGCAUCGCCAUCAACCAGGAGUCUCCCUCGAUGAGCAACGGGUCAGGACUCAACGGGGACAGCAUGAUGGGCAUCUCAGGCACCGGCAACUUCGUUUCCAUCAUUCCCAGUGGCGGCCUCGGUACAUGGAACACAAACAUCUCUACCAUGCCCAAGCUACACACAAACGCCGCGCUGCAUCUACUGCAGUGGCCGCUGAUCCGCGAUCUCGUAUCACGGCCUUACGAUCCGCAGAUCCUGCUUCAACUGGAAAUGGCCCGCGAACCCCUCCACUCACUCACCAAAACCCCAUGCGUCGAUCUCUCCAACACCACCGCAUACAUCGAGGCUUAUUUCGAACGAGUCAACGUCUGGUACGCCUGCGUGAACCCAUACACCUGGAGAAGCCACUAUCGCACGGCCCUUUCGAACGGCUUCCGUGAGGGUGCAGAGAGCUGCAUCGUUUUGCUCGUCCUGGCCUUGGGCCAAGCCAGUCUGAGAGGCAGCAUCUCGAGAAUCGCGCCCGGAGAAGAUGCCCCCGGUCUUCAGUAUUUCACCGCCGCCUGGGCUCUUCUCCCGGGCAUGAUGACGUCCAACAAUGUCCUGGCCGCCCAGUGUCACUUGCUGGCUUCCGCCUAUCUGUUCUACCUCGUGCGACCCCUCGAGGCCUGGAACCUCCUGUGCACCACCAGCACGAAGUUGCAGCUUCUGCUGAUGAAUCCCAACCGGGUCCCGCCCAACCAGAAAGAACUCAUCGAGCGCAUUUACUGGAACUCGCUUCUGUUUGAGAGCGACUUGCUCGCCGAGCUGGAUUUGCCACACUCUGGCGUCGUUCAGUUUGAGGAGAACGUCGGUCUCCCGGGCGGUUUCGAAGGCGAGGAGCAGGAGGCGAUCGGCCGGGAUGAUCUCUGGUACUUUCUGGCCGAGAUUGCGCUGCGGCGGCUCCUCAACCGGGUUAGUCAACUGAUCUACUCGAAAGACUCGAUGGCAUCUACCACCAGCCUGGAGCCCGUGGUGGCGGAACUCGAUUUUCAGUUGACGCAAUGGUACGAGAGUCUACCGGUGCCGCUCCAGUUCCCCUUCGGCCGCGCGUCACUCUCAGAUCCGGUGCAGACGGUUCUACGUCUACGAUUCUUUGCUUGCCGGACGAUCAUUUACCGCCCGUACAUCCUGGCCGUAUUGGACAACGAGCAGGCCGUGCUGGAUCCCGCUGUACGACAGAAUUGCCACAGGUGCCUAGAAGCCUCCAUCCGGCAACUGGAGCACAUCAACGCGCAUCAUGCCGGCCAUAUGCCGUACCUGUGGCAAGGAGCUCUUUCGAUCGUCUCGCAGACACUACUCGUCAUGGGUGCGACCAUGUCGCCAUCGCUCAGCAGCAUUCUCCUGACACUUGUUCCUCACCGGGAAACCAUUGAUCAGAUCAUCAAUGACGUGGUUAUGGAAAUUGAGCGAUAUUCAACCCUGGCGCCUAGCCUCAGUCUCGCUGCAGAGAUCAUCAAGGAGGCCGAAGUCAGAAGGAGGGCCUACCUGAGCGGAUGA